GCCAAAACAGACAUAAUCUUUAAUAAUGGAAAUCAUAUAAAUAGGGAACUCGAACUGACAGAGGAGCGGAUUCAGAGAGAUGACGACGAUAUCGCCGAGGCGUGACAGCGGAGGAAGAGCCAGCGACUGCCGCUCCUCGAAGAAGCAACGCCUUCCUUCUGUUUCUGAAGAAGAAUCUUCCGACGACUCAAGUUCCGGGGAAGAAACCGAAGUAGAAUUUCAAAAUGGCUCAAGCGAGAGCCGUGAAAGAGAGCUAGUGGUGCUGAGUGAUGAUAGCGACUCCGAGGACGAGAAAACAUACGCAGAGCUUCUUCGAUCAAGAAGACCACGAAGGCUUUCACCACCCAAAUCCCUAACGCUGCCGGAUUCUGACGUUCUCGACUGCCCUGAUUGCUUCGAGCCAUUGAGGAAGCCUAUCUUUCAGUGUAAUAAUGGCCAUCUGGCUUGUUCGGCGUGUUGCACCAAAUUGAAGAAGAGAUGUUUCUUUUGCGCAUUGCCUACCGGUGACAUUCGAUGCAGAGCCAUGGAGAAGGUCAUAAAAACAUGCGUAAUCUCAUGUCCCAAUGCAAAACACGGGUGUAAACAGAUCGCUACAUAUGGAAAAGAAGAAGCAAGCCAUGCGAAGCUGUGUCUUUUUACCCCAUGCUCAUGUCCCGUACUGGACUGUAACUACAUCGGUUCCUACAAGGAUCUGAACAACCACUUUCGCAUUACACACAAAAAGAGUCCUGGUGAAAUCAUGUCGAUUGAGUUCGGCCGUCAAGAAAUCUUUCGCCUUGACUUCAAUGAUGAUCCGGUUGUUUUUCAGAUGGAGAAAGAGGGUGAUCUGAUUGUAAUUCAAGGUUUCAAGGGAUCACACGGCGUGUAUGCCUCUGUGAGCCGUAUUGCACCUGUGGUUCCGGUAAUGGGUCAACUCUACUGCAGCAUAGCCAGACUCAAAGAGAAUAGCACACUAAGGCUUGAAUUCAUGGUGAAGAAUGUUCAGAAAGUGAGGGAGAAACAAGAGCAGCCUGAAGAUAGCUUCCUGUUAAUUCCAACUCAUAUGUUGAGGGGUGACCACUUGAAGAUGCAGAUUUGCAUCCGCCGUGAGUAUGUUCCUAGCUGA